UUGUUCGAUUGUAAACACUUGGGGCUUUAAUCAGAGUUGUGUAAGGUGUGCAAAUAGCAGAAACACACAGGCUGUCGUUUGUGAAACACCACAUUUUCGGUUCCCGUGUUUAAUACGGAGCCUAUUUACUAUUACUCGGUUAUGUUGUUCCUCCGGACCGCGGCUUUCAGCGCCAGAGCUCUGGCCUCUCUGCGCCGCGGACCAGCCGGCUUAACCGCCUCCAGAGCGACCGCUACGUACGUCCAGGGCCAGAGCCCCACACCACGCAUCCGAGAAUACUUCUACUAUAUCGACCAUCAAGGACAGCUUUUCCUCGAUGAUACAAAAGUGAAAAACUUUGUCACCUGCUUUAAAGAUAAGGAAUUCCUAGUCUUCUUCUUCACUCGUCUGCGCAUGAAUCAUAGUGGUCGUUACGAGGAGGACUUCCCCUUCCUGUCACUGUGCGGCAGGGAGAGGAAUUUCCUGCGCUGCGAUGACCGACCUGUGGUCUUCACCCACCUGCUGCAGAGCCCCACUGAACCGCAGGGCGAGCAGGAGCUGCUAUCAUACUGUGGCGGCGCAGAGAAACUCUCCGUCCUGUUCCGCCCCGAGGCGCUGUACAUGCAUCCUGUCAGCGGGCGAGUUUACCAUCCCUGCUCAGAGCUAUCAGGUGGGGUCGGCCUGGUCAGGUCGGCUCUGGCAAUUGAACUCAGCCCCUUCUUUGUGUAUACACAGGAGCGAGACCAGUCAGGACAGCCUACAUACUUUGUAUGGGCAGGACAGAAGCACGCGCUGACCAAUGAGCUUGCAGGAUACUUUCCUGCAGCUGAGCAGGGCAAUGGACACCAGGGAGAAGUGGGAUAAUUUGGUAAUGAUUCCAGACUGACUUUAAAAUCUUCUUAGUGAUGGGAUGUGUGAGAAAUGAGAAUCACUAAUGAAUAAUAGUUCCACCAUUUUUUUGGCUUGCAAACAAAGAAAUGCCUUCUUUUGUCUCCGUGUUUGAGGCUGUGGCCCACUAAAGGUGUCACAUUUGAAUUCGAUUUAUGGGCCUGAAGCGAUGAAAUUAUCCAGACUGUCAAACGAGUACAGCUGUCUAGUGUUUAGGACUGUUAUAUUGCAGCAAGAAGGUACCUAGUUCAAAUCCAGGCUGGGACUUUUCUGUGGGUUAUUUGCUCUGUUGUGGUCUUGCCUGCGUGGGUUUACUCCUCUUGCUCUUUCCCACAGUCCUGAGAUAUGCGUAUUUUAGGAAGGAUAUUAUUUAUACUUCUGUUCUAUUAAUUAAGCUGUUCUCCUGAGGAAACUUGAAAAGAAAUCCAAGUUGUUGUAUCACAAUAGAAUGUGGUGUAAAACUGAGGGGUUUUUUAAGAGUUGUAUAUAUCAUAUUAUAGUUACAGUUUUUGCAAAAUUUAGGUGCAAUUCCUUUUCAAAGAAAGAUUCAGGUGUAGCCUCACUUUUAAAAGUUGAAGCUUGAUACAAAUUCAAUCAUUGUGUUGAAUGCAAAGUCUAAGAAUAUUCAUUUGAACACUGUAAAAUCACAAGCAGUGUGAACUGAAGUGUGCUUUGGAAAUAUUUUGGAAUUAAACUAAUAACAUAUUCCAA